AUGACUGUACCAAAAGGCUAUCACUUUACGCCUACAGAUCAAGAACUCCUUAUAAAAUAUCUCGACAAGAAGUGUACGAACGAAGCCCUGCCUUGUGACGUCGUUAUCGAUCGUGAGAUUUAUGGUGACAAAGCCCCGUGGCAGAUUUUUACGGACGAAGACCCAUGGGAGAUAUCCAAAACCAAAGACAAGAAGACAGAUUUAUGGAAGACAGAAGGUACAAUCUACGUUUUCACGACUUUGAUCAAGGCCAGCCAAAACAGGAUUGCCAGAAAAGCCGGUUGUGGCUCAUGGCACGGAGAGACGGCUCGUGAAGAAGUUAAGAACGGUAAAUGUGCAAUAGGGUACAAGACGACGUUGUACUUUGAGAUUGCCGCCGACGAACCUAUUGCAAUGGACGGGCCUGUGGAAAAAGGCCACUGGAUCAUGCAAGAGUACUCUCUCCGUGAUGGCAAUACUGAUAAAAGUACAAGCAAAUAUGUUCUUUGCAGGAUAAAAAGAUUCGACUCAAAGUACACAAAGGUAUCUCCGAGAAAAAGAAAGAAUGUUGAGGCUGCCAAUGAUGACCUUGUAGUUUCGAAACCCGCAAAGCGUGUUAGAACUGAGGUUAUUCAAGAAAAGAAGAUGGAGUAUGAUAUUACUUCGAUACCGGAUACAGAAGUUGUUCCCUUCUCAAAAGAUCAACAAUUUGUGCAAGAUCAGAUAAUGAAUGACGAUGCGAAUGAGUUAACCGUUGAAGAACUUGAAGCUAUUUGGGAACAGGAGGAGCAAGAAAAUUAUUCACCUUGGCAUUCAGUUAUGUUUUUCAAUGCUUUGGAAUGUAGAGCUGCUUCUAUUUGCUUGAUGAUGAUGCAAAGGGAUAGGAAGGAGUCACUAUGUAAUUUAAUUCUUCACGGUAGUUUAUGCCAACAAGAUGUGGCUACAGAUGAAUUUGGCGGCAAUCAUGACAUAAAUGGAAUGAGGCUGUUGAGAGGGCGGCAGCAACAAUCUAAGUUCCAAAUCAUCUCCGCAAACAGCUUUCUGUGA